GUCAACAUCACGCGCUCCCGUGCUUGACGCUGUUCGUAACCGCCCCUGGUUAAAGCCAUUUUAUUAGACGAGAAUGGAGGCCGUUCGAGCGGAUGCCGAGUGUUUUCGCGGAGCAGAGCGUUCCAGCUUCAUCCCUCCGCCGACCCAGCCUCUUCACAGCGAAUGGCGACCUUUACUGGCGUGGACCAGACCACCACGCGAUUCGCGUUUCCUGGCUGCGGCCCCGUGGCCGGCAGCAGCUGCAGCACCCGAUCGCAGCUUUGACGGUUACUACCACGAAGGCAGCGCCGAGCGCGUUUGCGAGCUGUCGCUGGAGUCCGGAGCAGAGGCGGAGCCCUCGAACUCGCGAAGCCGGAGCUUCGUCCACGGCGUUGCUUUCGCGGGACUCCUCUUGGGCAUCGCCCUUCUCUUCGUCCACAGCUCGCUGUCGUCGUACGACAUCAGGCCGCACGUUGAGGAGGACGACGGGGAGCGGCGGCUGGACGUGGCGCAGAACACAGUAGACGAGCGCCUUAUUGAACCGAGGAUUGUGCAUGCGGACAUCGGCGAACUCGGCAACAGGAAAACGACGGUACGAAAUCGCGCGCGGAUCCAUGUGGAGGGCAGAGCGGCGAACGGAGGGACAGCUCGACCACGGCUGACGACUGCGAAGACGACUCCCGAGACGACGACGCCUGCGACCGCUCUGACCACCACUCAGGACGAAGACGAUGCACAACCGAGACGCGCCGCCACUGACGAGUUGUGCAGCCGUCACGUGUACACGCACUGCGCGCGGGAAAAGCCGGAGUUCUACUACAGUGCCGACCAUCGAGCCUGCGUCCCGGCGGCCACGGACACCGUGCACCUGUGUAACCGCGGUUCCAACCGGUUUUCCAGCCUCGAGAACUGCCUCACCAGCUGCGUCAACAACCACCGCGUGUCUGACCGCUGUUACGAAAGCACGCUGUUCUUUCCCUGUGACCGACAAGACAUGCUGGACGUGCCGUGGUACUUCGACGGCACCAAGUGCGUCGCCUGGACUUUCCCGCAAGGCACCUGCUUGUCCAUGGCUCGCGGCGGCGUGUUUCCCAGCUCGGCAGAAUGCCGCCGGCGCUGCGUGCUCCGUACGGAGCCGGAGUGCGCCCGUCAGCCCCCAGCUGAGGCGUGCUCGCCUCAGGAACUGAAGCACCCAUAUUUCGCCGACAUGCAGGCAGCUGGCGGCGCCCUCUGCGUCAACGCCUCCCGGCGGACGCUCCAGUCGCGCCGCUGCCUCAUCGGCUCCAACAAGUUCGCUUCGCUCGCCGCCUGUCGCGAAGCUUGUGUCCGCGAUUAGUAUCUUCCAUCUUGCACGCGGCGCCCCCAUAUUUAGCGGCGAUAGCCCUAAAUUAUGCACGUACUGAUAAUUAAAUUCAGUGUGUGUGUAGAAAGAACGUCUCUUUUUGACUAGUGUUUUCGAGACGAUGUAAUCCUACAGUGUGAGUAU